GGCAGAGUCUGAUGCCCAUGUGGUUUUCACCAUCGGAACUCGAGGAAUCGAGAAACGCCAGGACCCAACUCAGAGCAGGUGGUUUGCAUGGUUGCUCUGGUCUAUGUUCUCAGCACUUGAGAGACUGAGCAGGAAACAGGUGAGUCCUGCCCAGUUUGGCCUACAGUCUUCAAAAACGAAUAAAUAAAAGAAUCUCUGAGCUGGCAAAGAUGGCUCAGUGGGUAAAGGUGCUUGCCCCCAAGCCUGACAAUCUGAGUUUGAUCCCCAGGACUCACACGGUGGAAGGGAGAGCCAACUCUCACAACUUGCCCUCUGACUUAUUCAUGUGAGCUAUGGCAUGCAUGUGUGCCUACUGCCCCAGAAAUGACAUCAAUAGACAAAUGCCACUUUUUAUUUAAAAAUUUAGAACCCUUCUUAAUUAGGGUUUUAUUGUUGUGAGGAACACCAUGACCAAAUGUAACUUGGAGGAAGGGUUUGUUUGGCUUCCACUUCCACAGCAUUGUUCCUCAUCAAAGGAAGUCAGGACAGGAGCUCACACAGCAGAGCUGAUGCAGAGGCCGUGGAGGGAACUGCCUACUGGCUGGUUCCUCCCCAGCAGCCACUAGUUAGGAAAAUGCCCCACAGGCUUGCCUACAGUCAGCUGUACGUGGCUCUUUCUCAGCUGAGAUUCCCUCCUCUCUGUUGACUCCAGUUCACGUCAAGAGGACUUAGGACUAGCCGUGACAAAGAGCUCUAGGCCUGGGGCUAGAUUUUGGAUGAUAAAGGGCUAUAACUUAAACCAGGUGUGAUGACAUUUGGGAGGGGAGUGGAGGCAGGAGGAUCAAGAGUACAAGGUCAGCCUCACUUCAGGGGCUGCUGGGUAGAACUGACAUUCAGGCUGGGGUGAAAACACACCCAGGAUUGGGCUCAGCAGAGUCUGGGUGGGGGCACCGGUGUGUGGAACAAGAUGGGAGCUUGGCCUAUCAUGAUGCACCCCAGUGAAGGGGGGAGUGUCACGGUGGCUUUGAGGGCUCUGUAGGUCACAUGUGAUAUCUGUUUUCAUCUUUGCAGUGAGGCCAAGGGGCAUGGGAAUCAUACUUAACCCCCCACUUCCCAAAAUAGAAAAUAGAGCUUGGGGCAACUUAGCACUGUUACCUGGGAUGGGAUGGAAGGAAAGACUGAGGGACCAAGUGAUGCUCAAAACCUCCAGGAGAGUCUGGGAGGUAGUUUAAUCCCAUCACUCAGAAGCAGAGGCAAGAGGAUCUCUGUGAGUCUAAGGCCAGCCUGGCCUAUAUAGUGAGUUCCAGACCAGCCUGAGUUAGCAAGUGAGAACCUGUCUUAGUCACUGUUCUGUUGCUGUGUAGAGACACCAAGACCAAGGUGACUUAGAAAAGAAAACAUUUAGUAUUUGGUUUAUAGUCUAGGGUAGUCCACAGCCAUCACGGUGAGGAGCACCAUCAUGGUGGGGAGCAUGGUGGCAGCUGGCAGGCAGGCAUGGUGCUGGGGCAGUAGCUGAGAGCACACAUCUGAUCCUCAAGCAGGAGGUGAACAGAUAAAGGCUGCACCUGGCCUGGGCUUUUUGUUUGUUUUGUUUGUUUAGUUUUGUGAGACAGUUUCUCACUAUAUAGCCCUGGCUUUCCUGAAACUCUCUGUAGACCAGGCUGGUCUUGAACUCACAGAGAUCCAUCUGCCUCUGCCUAAGCAAUUCCACCAGCUGGGGACCAAGCCCUUGAGCACAGGAUCCUGUUGAGGACAUUCUCAUUCAAACAACCACAGGUCAUGUCUCAAAACCAAAACCCAACCAAAAGAGAGAGAGAAAGAAGGAGGAAGGAGAGGGGGGAAAAGAGAGGGAGUGAAAGGGAGAGAGAGAGAGAAAGUAUUGCCUCAAGCCAACAGAACACCUGGCACACAGUGAACUUAGUCCUUUGAGGAAAUUUGUUUGAGAGAGACAGACAAAGAGAGGGAGACAGACAGAGAGAGAGAGAGAGAGAGAGAGAGAGAGAGAGAGAGAGAGAGAGAGAGAGAGAGAGAGAACAGCACAACAGAGAUUGUCUUUCUUUCACCAUGUGGGUCUCAGGUCCUCAGACUUUGUGGUAAGUGCCGGCACAGACUGAACCUCCUGGCUGGCUCCCUGUGUCUUGGGUCUGGGGAAGGAGCAGAGCUGGAGAUGGUUUCCAAGUCACAUACCCUCAUUCUUGCCAGUUCCUUCCCAGCACAGUGCCCUCUGGAGACUCCCUCAGGCCUGAGGCAUGGCACUGCCCUGGCUAUCUCCUCGUGCUCUACACUCAGCCCAACUGUGCUGUCUACACGCUUACACUUCUGUUAUUAGGGUGGGAACUGUCCUCGCUGCUCUCCACCACUCUCCGGGAAAUUCCCCCUGAGACUAGGAGGAGUGGUGAGUGGGAACCGGGAGAGUGAGACCAGGCAGGAAUCCUGGUUGCAAGGUGGAGCCCUGGGGUGUCUUGGGGCCAAUGAGAUCUCGUGUCCUGUCGAGAGUCUGAGCGCCGUGGGGCUAUAAAGACCCGGGUGUCUACCGUGUCCUGUUGGCUGCCCUGAGAGCGCAGGCAAGGUGGGUCUUCAUCCAGCUCUUUAACCCCAGGGUGGGGACACGCUUCCCCUCUGGCCUCUGCCUUUAGUGCCUGGGAUCUCUGGCCUGUGACCUUAUGUGCACAUGUCUGGGCGGUGUGUGUGUGUAGGGGGGUGGAGGUACCUCCAAUUUUGCCGUCUUUCUGGGACCCCUCUUCCAACGGCUGGGGCUGGACCUGCAAGCCUGCCUCUCCGAAUAUGCUGAAGAGCCUGCCUUGUGUCUCCAGGAAACGGAUCCUGAAUCGAGGCUUCUUGCUCAAGAGGCCAGGAGCUUCCGUGACUGGUGGGGGCAGCCUCAAAUCUGAGUCCUGUGAUCUUUCCUGCCUGGCUUCAGCACCGCGGAGAGGGAGGCUCCUUGGGGUGGGAUCCCGGCUCUGGACACAGACCCUCCCGGGGCCACCCACAGUCUCUCUUUCCUUUCCUUGGUUUUGGGGGGCCGCGCAUGGAGACCCUGGGUGUCAGCCGCGCAGGGGUCCCACGGCCCCCGAAGCAUUUGUGGAGGCAGCCACAGCGCCCCAUCCGCAUCCAGCGGCGCUUCCAUUCGGACCCGGAGUCCAGCGAGUGGCCUGUGCUCGUGAAGUCCUGGCGCUCGUGGCCCAGCUCCUUCCACCGCCGCUUCGACCUGGAAAAUGGGUUCGCGAGCUGCAGAGGCCCCUUGGACCCUCAAUCUGGCCGCGUCCUCCAGCCCCCUGGCCAGCAAGGCCAGCGGCGCGAGUCCUUCCUGUACCUCUCCGACAGUGACCAUGAGCCUUCAUCGAAGGCUGUGUCCCGGAACUCCUCGGUGGCCAGUGAUCUACAUGGAGAAGACAUGAUUGUCACGCCCUUCGCCCAGGUUCUGGCCAGCCUCAGAACGGUCCGCAGCAACGUGGCCGCCCUUGCCCAGAGCCCAGGCAGCACCACCAGGCAGCCACUCUUGGGGACCCCUCCGUGUGGCAGCCAGCUGGCCGCCACCACAGAGGACGCUGGGCUGCAGCUGGCGCAGGAGACGCUGGAGGAGCUGGACUGGUGCCUGGAGCAGUUGGAGACACUACAGACGCGGCGCUCUGUGGGAGAGAUGGCAUCCAACAAGUUCAAGCGCAUUCUCAACCGCGAGUUGACCCAUCUGUCGGAAACCAGCCGCUCAGGGAACCAGGUGUCGGAGUACAUCUCCCAGACCUUCCUGGACCAGCCGGCGGAGGUGGAGCUUCCCAGGCUGCCCACGGAGGACACACCGCCCAUGUCCCGGAUCAGUGCCCUGCGCGGGCCCCGCCCCGCCAGCCUCCCCACAACUGCCGUCCCCCGCUUCGGGGUCCAGACAGACCAGGAGGCGCAGCUGGCUAAGGAACGGGACCUGCUCAAGACGUUCCAGAUUCCGGCGGACACGCUGCUGACGUUCCUGCUCACGCUGGAGGCUCACUACCAUGCUGACGUGCCGUACCACAACAGUGUGCACGCCGCGGACGUGGCCCAGUCCGCGCACGUGUUGCUGGGCACCCCUGCCCUGGAGGCUGUGUUCACAGAUCUGGAAGUCUUGGCGGCUAUCUUUGCAUGCGCUAUCCAUGACGUGGACCACCCGGGCGUCUCCAAUCAGUUUCUCAUCAACACCAACUCGGAGCUGGCGCUGAUGUACAAUGACAUGUCAGUGUUGGAGAACCAUCACCUCGCGGUGGGCUUCAAGCUCUUGCAGUCAGAAAACUGCGACAUCUUCCGGAAUCUCAGCGCCAAGCAGAGACUGAGUCUGCGCAGGAUGGUCAUAGACAUGGUGCUGGCCACAGACAUGUCCAAACACAUGAGCCUCCUGGCCGAGCUCAAGACCAUGGUGGAGAUGAAGAAGGUGACCAGCCUCGGGGUCCUGCUCCUGGACAACUACUCCGACCGUAUCCAGGUCCUACAGAGCCUGGUGCACUGUGCUGACCUCAGCAACCCCACCAAACCCCUGCCACUCUACCGCCGGUGGACUGACCGCAUCAUGGCCGAGUUUUUCCAGCAGGGUGACCGUGAACGCGAGUCGGGCCUGGACAUCAGCCCCAUGUGUGACAAGCACACUGCCUCUGUGGAGAAGUCCCAGGUGGGAUUCAUUGACUACAUCGCCCAUCCGCUGUGGGAAACAUGGGCUGACCUGGUGCACCCCGAUGCUCAGGAGCUGUUGGACACUUUGGAAGACAAUAGAGAGUGGUAUCAGAGUCGGAUACCAUGCAGCCCCACCCACUCCGUGGGGCAAGAGCGCUGUGGUCCUGACAGGUUCCAGUUUGAGCUAACGCUGGAGGAGGCUGAGGAGGAAGAGGAUGAAGGGCAGACUCAGCACUGAGCAUCCAGUCCUCAGAGUCACCCGGCACUUAGCUUCUGUCCUCCAAGACCAGCGCAGAGCACAGGAUAGACCUGACAAGAUUUUGGGCUAGCCUAGCAUGGACCAUGAAGUCACAGACACGCCCUUUGGGCGCCUAUGGAUGCUGGAGACUUCCGAAGUGAUUUCUGGCCGUGUCAGCUUCUCUUUUCACCCGUUAAAGAGCACAGCCGAGAUUUACACAUAGACAGAUCUUGGGUUCCAUUUGGAAGCCUGCGGCUGGGGUCCACUCUGACCUCAGGCUUGGCUGGAAUGGGAUUGGCAUCUGGGCAGCGCCUCCUCUUGCCUCUGUCCGUCCGGCUUGUCCUGCUUCGGUUCGGUCGGCUUCGGCUUCGGUCUGCUAGGGCUGGGGCUCAC